AUGACAUCGCGAAAGACGCAACAAGAAAUCGACAAAACCUUCAAGAAGGUCGCCGAAGGUAUUCAGUCGUUCGAGGGCAUCUACGAGAAGAUCCGCUCCACGUCAAAUCCGACCCAAAGGGAUAAGCUCGAGGAGAACUUGAAACGGGAGAUCAAGAAGCUCCAACGAUAUCGCGAUCAGAUCAAGUCAUGGGCAUCGGGCAAUGAGGUCAAAGACAAGGGACCGCUGCUGGAGCAGCGCCGAGCCAUCGAAACUUGUAUGGAGCAGUUCAAAGCUGUAGAAAAGGAAAUGAAGACGAAAGCAUACUCGAAAGAGGGCCUUUCGGCCGCAUCCAAACUCGAUCCGAGAGAGAAGGAAAAGGUGGAGACAUGUGACUUCUUAUCGAGUAUGGUCGACGAGUUACAACAAAAGAUUGAGGCCAUGGAAGCUGAGGAAGAGACGCUUCAUGUGCAGAUGAAGAAGGGUAGGAAGGAUGUCGCCAGGGCCAACCGAUUAGCGGAUCUUACGCGGAUAACGGAACGACAUAAGUGGCAUGUCAAUAAGCUGGAACUCUUGCUACGAUCGCUGCAGAACGGCAACGUGGAGGUAAACCAAGUGUUGGACUUGAAAGAAAGCAUAAAGUACUAUGUAGAGGACGGGCAUAAUGUGGACUACUCUGGCGAGGAUGAGACCCUUUAUGAUGACCUGAAUCUAGAUGGUGAGACUGAGGCACAGUUCGGCAUGACGGGUGACAACGACCGGGUGUCAUCGCAAGAUACACAAUCUGUCCAAGACGAAGAGCUGGACUUGAAGCCGAAACCCAUCAAGAGCGAGCCCCCGGCGCCUCGAAGACCCUCAACGCAGAUGAAAUCGCCGCUCCCAGUGCUUGCGACGCUACAUCCGUCGACGUCCACCAGUGCCACCUCUGGGAUGAAGCCCGCACCACCGCCCACCCGUCUACCUGGGGAGACCCUCAAAUAUGCCUCCGCGGCGGCCGCGGCGGCCGCCAGCGAUAAGAACGGGGUUGGCAUUGCUCCCCUUCCUCCACCACUGGGUGCCAGUCCUGCUUUCCCCGCCGCCAGCUUGGCCUCGAGACCUUCGUCGACUGCUUCCCCUAGCAUUGCCUCGGUACAACCUGUAUCUAAGCCGACCGCGACGGCCAGUAUCGCUUCGGAGGAGCGGUCUAAGACGCCCGCGCUCAGCCCCAAUGUCACCGCCGCGAGUGCGUCGAAUACGGUGCAGUCGACGCCUGCGACCAAGAAGGCGGAGACCUCAGCCACCAAGGAAUCACAGCCAACGGUGAACGGUGAUGCGAGCAAGGAAGAGUCGCGCGAGGAGGAUUCGAUAUACCACCUGCCUCCGGGGCUACAAGAUCUGAUCCAUUCCUUUGAGGUGACCAAGAGCCGAGCGGCAGCACAAAGUUCCACAAACCCCCCUCCUUCAGUGCAACGGCUCCUUACAGCAUCUCUCAACACCUGUCCCGAGCCGGCGGACGCAGAAAAGCCCCGUCACUAUAAGCCUCAGAACCCGUACAAUACCCCUCUUUAUUACCCUCAAGAGCCGCUUGCCAUCUUCGAUGACCCCCGGUUAUACGACACGGGGCGGAUCGAUACGGAUACACUGUUCUACCUGUUUUAUUACCGACAAGGCACAUAUCAACAAUUCUUGGCGGCCAAAGCGCUCAAGAACCAAAGUUGGCGAUUCCACAAGCAGUACCAGACCUGGUUCCAACGGCACGAGGAGCCCAAGACCAUCACGGAGGAAUUUGAACAAGGGACGUAUCGGUUCUUUGAUUACGAGAGUACAUGGAUGAACCGUCGUAAGGCCGACUUCAAGUUUGUCUACAAGUACCUGGAAGACGAACUAUAA